AUGGGCUCACCCGAACUGCCCGCUCGCUCUUCAGCGCCGAAAGAUCACACAAUCUCCUCGAAACGUACAAAGGUCGUCAAGAAGAAAGCUCCCACAGUCCGCAAGCCCAAACAGCUUGGUCGCAGGUACAUGAACGGGUUGAUGAAAGCCGAGAUUCCUGCUCGCUCAGAAUUGAUGAAGAUCUUGAACAAUUUCGGAUUCGAUAAUCUGGACACAUGUGACCGAUGGAUCCUGUGCCGCCCACUCGGCCAGAGACGUCUCAUCGUCUCAGUGGACAUGCCAUUCGGGUACUACAGCCUCUACAAGGACGGUUUCCGCAAACUCCUGCGACAGACGUUCCCGGGUAUUGCGAGAGUCAAUCUUCACACCAAGAUGGCCGAGAUGAGUCAACGUAUCGUUACUAGCACUUGGUUCCACACAGUACCUACCAGGGAGCCUCUCAACGACACUAAGCAGAGGUUCGUUGACCAAGUCAAAAAGAAGGAGGGUGAUGGGAUUGAGGUCGGCUGGUACAGUGGGACCGCCAACUCUUUGGUCUACCUGCACUAUUGA